AUGCAUUACUCCGCCACUCUACUCAGCACCAUCGCGGCCAUUUGUGCAACUGCCAAUGGCGCACUCACCACCGUCACCAACUUUGGAUCCAACCCCACAAAUCUUCAAAUGAACAUUUGGGUUCCCUCCACUUUGGCCACGAAUCCUGCAAUCAUUCUUGCCUUGCACCCAUGCGGAGGCAGCGGCCAAGGCUACGCCCAGAGCACACAAUAUACCAGACUAGCAGAUCAAAAGGGAUUCAUCGUAAUCUUUCCUUCGACUAGAAAUGAUAACAACUGCUGGGGAGUCAAUACCGCGGCCGACCUUUCUCAUGGCCAAAACGGCGACAACGCUGGCCUGAACAACAUGAUCCAAUACACGAUCAAAACGUAUUCAGCCGACGCCAACAAGGUCUUCGUCACCGGUAGCAGCUCUGGAUGCAUGAUGACCAACGUCAUGAUGGCCACCUACCCUGAUGUAGUCAAGGCCGGAUCCUGCUACUCUGGUGUGGCGGCUGGCUGUCUCGCCGGAAGCCCUGGUGCCAGCCCUGGCACUGCUGACCCUCGCUGCGCAAACGGCCAGAUUCAAAAGUCACAAGCCGACUGGGUUGCCCAAGCUAAGGCCAUGUAUCCAUCGUGGAAUGGUCCCUACCCCCGCAUGAUGACUUGGCACGGAACUGCGGACAAUGUGGUUAGAUACGCCAACCUGGCUGAGCAGCUGAAGCAGUGGAGCGGCCUGCUUGGCGUGUCAUUCUCAAACAACGUCACAAACUCCCCACAAUCAGGUUACACAAAGAUGGUCUGUGGUGACGGCACCAAGCUUGUUGGAUACAGUGCGGUGAACGUAGGUCACACUGUGCCCGUGCAUGCGGACGAGGAUCUCAAGUGGUUUGGACUUUAA